AUGGCGACCACGUUGCUAUCAGUGGGUCCAGACGGCUUGCAGCGGUUCACUCGCGAGUCCCUGGCUGCCAUUGAGCGGAGGAUUGCAGAGCAGGGGGUCAAGAAAGCAAUGGGCUCUCCCCACAACCCGGAGAAGGUGGUGGACUCCCCCCAAGCCCUGGGGAAGGUGGAUCAGUCCCAGCCUCAGGCAGACCUGGAGGCAGGCAAGAUCCUUCCACGUAUCUACGGCAACAUCCCUGCUGGACUGGUCGGGGUCCCACUGGAGGAUAUCGACCCAUUUUACUUCAACACUCAAAGGACCUUUAUCGUGCUGAACAAGAGAAAAGCCAUCUUCCGCUUCAGUGCUGUCUCAGCGCUCUACGUGUUCAGCCCUUUUCACGUCGUCAGAAGACUCGCUAUACGAAUUCUAGUUCACUCAUUGUUUAGCUUGUUCAUAAUGUGCACAAUUUUGACUAACUGCUUCUUCAUGGCAAUGUCAGACCCUGCACAGUGGACCAAGUACCUGGAAUACACCUUCACUGGCAUUUAUACAUUUGAGUCACUCAUUAAGAUCUUGGCGAGAGGUUUCUGUGCUGGGCCCUUCACUUUCCUCAGAGAUCCGUGGAACUGGCUGGACUUCAGUGUCAUCAUUAUGGCAUAUGUGACAGAGUUUGUGGAUCUUGGCAAUGUCUCAGCUUUACGCACUUUCAGAGUCCUGCGAGCCCUAAAAACCAUAUCUGUGAUCCCAGGGUUGAAGACCAUUGUGGGAGCUCUCAUUCAGUCUGUAAAGAAGCUGGCAGACGUGAUGAUCCUCACCGUUUUCUGCCUCAGCGUCUUUGCUCUGAUCGGGCUCCAGCUCUUCAUGGGCACCCUGCGGCAGAAGUGCGUCCGCAGCUCCGCCCACUGCGUGAACUCCACCCACCCGGGGAAUGGGAGCUUUGCAUGCAACAACAAGACCUGGCACUCCAUGAAGGAAUUUGUUACCAGUGAAGAGAACUUCUACAUAAUCAAAGGUGCCAAGGAUGCCUUAAUUUGCGGAUACAGCAGUGAUGCUGGAAAGUGUCCUGAUGGGUUUGACUGUUUGAAGACAGGCAAGAACCCGAACUAUGGCUACACAAGUUUCGAUACAUUCGGCUGGGCCUUCCUGGCACUCUUCAGGCUCAUGACCCAAGACUACUGGGAGAACCUCUACCACCAGACGCUGCGCUCAGCCGGUAAGACCUACAUGGUCUUCUUCGUGCUGGUGAUCUUCCUGGGCUCCUUCUACCUGGUGAACCUGAUUCUUGCUGUGGUAGCCAUGGCCUACGAGGAGCAGAAUCAGGCCACCAUCGCUGAGGCCUGGCUGAAAGAGAAGGAAUUCCACCUGGCAAUGGAACAGCUGCGCAGAGAGCAAAGGGCGUUGGUGAAGCGAAACAGGGAGGCAGAGCUGGCUCGAUUGCAGGAAUUGGCUCUGCCUGUGAUCAGUGGUAAAGACUCCAGAGAGUGCAGUCCCAGGUCCAGAUCCUACAGAACCAUGUCAGAAGAGACAGAAGAGGACAUGGAGCUCAGAUCACCAAAGUUUGAACUGUUUGAUGAGAAGCCUGUACACCCUUUCCUGGCCACCUUCUCCUCCCACCCCCUGAGCACACGGCGGGGCAGCAGCGCCAGCGUCUCCACCUUCCACCAGCGUGACGGCUCCGAGGCUGGCCUAGCGGAAGACGAGCCUGGCGUCCAUGGCAACGGGAGAAGCUGUGCGGACUCGCCGCAGACGGUGGGGCGGAAGUGCCGCAAGGGCAGCGUGUGCAGUCACUGCUCCCACGUCCUCGCUCUGCCCGGGUGCACCGUGAGCACUUGCGUCUCCAUGCCAACGCCCCUUGGCCCCUGCAGCGUGAAGGGAAAAAACGCAGUCAGUGGGGAGGUGCAGAUCGAAGCCCUGCCCCCUUGUAGGAAGCGAGGCCUCAGCUCCAUCAGCUUCAUCGGUGACGUCAUGGAGGAGCUGGAAGAGGCCCAUCAGAAGUGCCCUCCGUGCUGGUAUGGCUUCGCUAAGAAGUCCCUGAUCUGGACGUGCUCUCCGUCCUGGCUGAAGCUGAGAGCAGGCGUGAAGCUCGUGGUCAUGGACCCAUUCCUGGACCUAGCCAUCACCACCUGCAUCGUGCUCAACACGCUCUUCAUGGCCUUGGAGCACUACCCCAUGACAGACGACUUCAACGGCAUGCUGAGCAUAGGGAAUCUGGUGUUCACGGGCAUCUUCACAGCUGAGAUGGUGCUGAAGAUUGUUGCUCUAGAUCCGUACUACUACUUCCAGCAGGGCUGGAAUAUCUUUGAUGGCAUUAUCGUUUGCUUAAGUCUAAUGGAGCUUGGCUUAUCUAGUGUGGAGGGGUUGUCUGUGCUCCGCUCAUUCAGAUUGCUGCGCGUCUUCAAGCUGGCUAAGUCAUGGCCCACGCUCAACACCUUGAUCAAGAUCAUUGGCAACUCGGUGGGCGCCCUGGGGAACCUGACGCUGGUGCUGGCCAUCAUCGUCUUCAUCUUCGCCGUGGUGGGCAUGCAGCUGUUCGGGAAGAGCUACCAGGACUGCGUGUGCAAGAUCAGUGCGGACUGCGAGCUGCCUCGCUGGCACAUGACCGACUUCUUCCACUCCUUCCUGAUCGUGUUCCGCGUGCUGUGCGGCGAGUGGAUCGAGACCAUGUGGGACUGCAUGGAGGUGGCUGGCCAGCCACUCUGCAUCCUGGUCUUCAUGCUGGUCAUGGUGAUAGGCAACUUGGUGGUGCUGAACCUGUUCCUGGCUCUGUUACUGAGCUCAUUCAGCUCAGAUAACCUGUCGGCUCCGGACGAGGAUGGCGAGAUGAACAACCUGCAGAUCGCCAUCGCACGUAUCUAUGCCCGUCUCACCUGGCUCCUAGCUGCCAUCAAGGACCUCUUCAGUGGCAACGUAUCCACGAGCUGGCACAAGGCCAAAGAGGCCCAGGCAGCCACAAAGGGUCAUGGCACCAACCAUGCCGAAUGCAAUGGGACCGUCAGGAGAAUCGGAUGCUAUGGAGAAACGUACGUCAUCCCAGAAGGAGAGGACAGCUACAUGACCAAUUCCAACCUGACCAUAUGUGUUCCCAUCGCACCUGGAGAGUCAGACAUGGAGUUUCCUGAGGAGGAAGAGGACUUGGAGAUAACAGAGGAUGAAGAAAGCAAAAUGGAAGUGGUCAGCCUAUCAGAAGGAAGUACCAUGGACCUUAGGAAGUCAUGGGAGGUAGACAAGCAGUCCAUCCUGGACGAGGAUGCAGUGGAGCCAGAGGAGUGCCUUCCUGAGCUCUGUGUGAGUCACUGUGAGUACUGUGAAGUCUACACCACACGGGGCCUGGGUCUGGCUGGGUGGACACUGAGGAAGACCUGCUACCAGAUUGUAGAGCACAGCUGGUUCGAGACCUUCAUCAUCUUCAUGAUCCUCCUCAGCAGUGGAGCCCUGGCAUUUGAGGACAUUUAUAUUGAACAGCGGAAAGUCUUGAGCGUUCUAGAAUAUGCUGACAAAGUGUUCAGCUACAUUGUGCUGGAGAUGUUUUUGAAGUGGAUUGCAUAUGGCUUUAAGAGGUACUUCACAAACUACUGGUGCUGGCUGGAUUUCCUGAUUGUGGAUGUAUCACUGAUUAGCUUGAUUGCUAACUCUCUGGGCUACUCAGACUUUGGUGCUAUUAAAUCUCUGAGAACUCUGAGGGCCCUCAGACCCCUGAGAGCCUUGUCCAGAUUUGAAGGAAUGCGGGUGGUGGUGAACGCACUGAUCGGAGCCAUCCCCUCCAUCAUGAACGUCCUACUGGUGUGCCUGAUCUUCUGGCUCAUCUUCAGUAUCAUGGGUGUCAACCUUUUUGCCGGCAAGUUUGGGAAGUGUGUGAACAGGAUGGGAUACAUCCAUAAUGCCUCCAUCGUGAACAACAAGUCUGACUGCCAGGCCAUGAAUGACACCCAGUUCUACUGGACCAAGGUGAAGGUCAACUUUGACAACGUGGGCUUAGGCUACCUAUCGCUUUUGCAAGUCGCAACUUUCAAAGGCUGGAUGGAAAUCAUGUACGCAGCUGUGGAUUCCCGUGGGGUAGAAGAGCAGCCCACCAGGGAGAUCAACCUCUACAUGUAUUUGUACUUUGUUAUCUUCAUCAUCUUUGGAUCAUUCUUCACCCUCAAUCUAUUUAUCGGCGUCAUAAUCGACAACUUCAAUCAGCAGAAGAGAAAGAUAGGUGGACAGGACAUUUUUAUGACCGAGGAGCAGAAAAAGUAUUAUAAUGCAAUGAAAAAACUGGGGUCGAAGAAGCCUCAAAAACCCAUACCAAGGCCAAAGAACACUCUACAAGGUUUUUUUUUCGACUUGGUGUCCAAACAAGUCUUUGACAUCUCGAUCAUGAUGAUGAUCAUCUUGAACAUGGUCACCAUGAUGUUGGAGACAGAUGAGCAGUCCACUCAAAUGGAGCGCAUCCUCAACAACAUAAACCUGGCCUUUAUCGUCAUCUUCACCACCGAAUGUCUCAUCAAGAUCUUUGCUCUCCGAUACCACUUCUUCACCAUCAGUUGGAACAUCUUUGACUUUGUGGUGGUCAUCCUUUCCAUUGGUGGAAUUGUCCUGGCUGAUAUUAUUGAGAAAUAUUUUGUGAGCCCGACUUUGUUCCGUGUGAUUCGACUGGCCAGAAUAGGACGAGUCCUCAGGCUCAUACGUGCAGCCAAAGGGAUAAGGACGUUACUCUUUGCCUUAAUGAUGUCACUGCCAGCGCUGUUCAAUAUUGGUCUCCUGCUGUUCCUUGUCAUGUUUAUUUAUGCCAUUUUUGGCAUGGCUAACUUCGCCUAUGUGAAAAAGCAGGGUGGGAUUGAUGACAUGUUCAACUUUGAAACUUUUGGGAACAGUAUGAUAUGCCUGUUCCAGAUCACCACCUCUGCCGGCUGGGACAACCUGCUGGAUCCUAUCCUGAACAACUCACCAGAGGAAUGCAAUCCACAUGUAAUCAACACAGGAACCAACACAAAGGGCAAUUGUGGAAACCCCUCAGUAGGCAUCACCUUUUUUGUUAGCUAUAUUAUCAUUUCAUUCCUUAUUGUUGUGAACAUGUACAUCGCUAUCAUUCUGGAGAAUUUCAGUGUGGCUACAGAGGAGAGCAGUGAACCUCUCAGUGAAGAUGACUUUGAGAUGUUUUAUGAGGUGUGGGAGAAGUUUGAUGUGGAGGCCACACACUUUAUUGAGUUUUCCAAGCUGUCCAGCUUCGCAGAUUCGCUAUCAGAGCCUUUGCGCAUCGCUAAGCCCAACAUGAUCAAACUGAUCUCCAUGGAUCUGCCGAUGGUGAGUGGAGACAAGAUCCACUGCCUGGACAUUCUGUUUGCCUUCACCAAACGGGUCUUGGGUGAGUCAGGUGAGAUGGAUGCCCUCAAGCAGCAGAUGGAGGAGAAGUUCAUGAUGGCCAACCCUUCUAAGAUCUCUUACGAGCCCAUAACCACCACAUUGCGGCGCAAGCAAGAGGAGGUGUCAGCCAUCGUGAUCCAGCGGGCAUACAGAAGGUACCUGGUCAGGCGCCGAAUGAAACAGGCCUCCAUCCUCUACCGAGAAAUAAGCCAGGAUACAGCUGGGGGUAUGGAAAAUGCACCAGCAAAAGAAGGGCUCAUAGCACGUAUGAUUAAAGAGCACCAUGGCAUGUCAGAGGAGGCAGUUGCGGAACCUCUAAAAUCAUCUCCUCCCCCCUACAAAACCCUCAUCAUGGCUCCCAGCGACCUGUUCCAAAUGCUGGCACCUACCCCCAUUGUCAAUACGUCCUGCAAGUCUUGCAUCUCUGUAGACACUUAUGAGGAGACCUUUCUUUAG